GAUGAGUUGCCCAAGUAUUUUGUCCUGUAGAGUUUUAUAGGCUACUGACUACAUUAUUACAAGGCGAUUUAAGGUUAUUUUUACGGACACAUAUAGCUUAUAAGUAUUUAGCAUUUACAUUCUUAUUUGCGAAGGCCUAUGUUUAAUUUUAAAUCUAAAGAUUAGCUUGUACACCUAUACCGGGGUAGAUUGAUCGGACUUCCUGUUGCACUGCGGUGCUUUGUACGUGCUUUGCCUGCUGUUAGUUUACUAGAUAUCGCGGUGAAUGUCAUACAAGAACACAAGUUAAGUAGGGACCUAGUUAUGAUUGACAGGUAUUUAUAGGCUUAUAGCCUAGAUAAAGAGGACACUAGCUGCUUGGUAACAUGGUAAACCUGUAGGCGAGAUAUCAUCCACAACCAUGGCAAUUGGAGGCCAGACACUCUGAGGUAUGUUGUCUGUCUGCAUUUGUCUAAAAUGAAAAAGGGAGGGAGCAGCACAAAUACCGCACAGCCAGACGCCAUGCAGGGGGAGCCCUCCCCUCAUCCCUGAGUGCUGAAAUGUCCGGACUGAGCCUGAAUGUGUCAUCAGAUAGUGUCAGACUGCAUCCAGCAGGGGGGAUGAUAAGAGUUUAUAGAAAGUAGCCUUUCAGACACCCUGUGGAAGAUUUUCCUCUAAAAUACUAUUUUGAAUCAGUCAGACAGAUUUGCUCAUUGACCUUCUCAACAGUAGUUUCUCCAGACCAGACCGUCAGGGGUUUUAACGAGGAGCCAGUAUGGAGUGGUCACUAGAAAGGGUGAGGGAGAUGGUGGCUGGAGGGAUGCAGUCUAUGAGGGACUGUGAGUCCAGUGCCUUUGGCACAGCCAUGUGCCUGCUGCUGCUCUUUGUGUGGUACUGUUACAGGGUAGGUCGUGAGCACAGCUCCUCUCCCCUGCGUGGGGGGUACAGCAAUGAGCCCAGUCGAGUAGGAGGAGGUGGGGGGGCCUUGAUCAGCACAGAUGGGGAUGGUAGGGCUAAAGGCAGGCCGGUGUCAGGGGUGGAGGAGCAGAACGGCUUUGCUUACUGCCAGUCCACCGAGUGUUUUCGCUGCACCAACACAGGGGAGGGUCUUAAUCAGAGGCUGUACCACAGCUUGCAGGAUUACGCCAAACGCUACACCUGGUCAGGCAUGGGCAGGGUACACAAAGGGGUACGAGACCAGGGCCGCUACCUCACCAGCCGGCCCACCAUCCAGAGGCCAGAAGUGUUCUUCCUUCCUGACCUGCCCUCAGCACCCUUCUUCUCCCGGGACGCACAGAAACACGACGUGGAGCUGCUGGAGAGGAGCUUCCCUGCUCUGCUGGCUGAGUUUGAGAACAUCUACCACGCCCCCCCAGCGCGGGCUGGCUCCUCCCUGCCUCCGGGCUGGAAGGCCAACAGCACCCCCCAUGGCCAGUGGUGGACCUUCUACCUGGUGAACCAGGGAACUCCGCUGGCCCUGAAUGCCAGGAGGUGCCCCCGGGCCUGGAGGGUGCUAGGCCAGCUGCGCACCUUCAUUGCCAACAACGUGUUUGGAAAUGCCUGCUUCUCUGUGCUGACCCCCGGAGCCCUGAUAACUGAGCAUUACGGCCCAACCAACGUCAGGCUGCGCUGCCACCUGGGUCUUAGAGUGCCCUCUUCCUGUGAGCUGGUAGUUGGAGGGGAGCCGCAGUGCUGGUCUGAGGGGAGCUGUCUGCUGUUUGAUGACUCCUUCCUCCACAGGGCCUUCCAUGAGGGCAGCCCAGAGGACGGCCCCAGGGUGGUCUUCAUGGUGGACCUCUGGCACCCUAAUGUGGCAGCUGCUGAGAGACAGGCUCUAGACUACAUCUUCACCCCUGGACGCUGAGCAGACGGUGGGGUGGGGGGGGAAGAGACAGAGCUACAGAGAGAAACACAAAGAGGUAAAGAGAGACAGAGAAUGUGUCAGAAUUGAAGAGAGAGUUGGUGAGAAAAGUAGAGAAGAACAGUGUGAGUGAGGUGAGACAUCUUCUUUGUCUCUUGUUCCGUUCCCACACUCACUGUGUACAUAUUCUCUGUCUUGUUCGAAUUGGCUCUCUCCCUGUAACUCUCCCUUAGCACCUGCUGACUUUGACCAAACAGACGUAAUGUAAAAUGUUACAUUUUAAUGUUUACAGCCCCAAUCCUUAUAUCUGUGAUUAUUCCUGCCCAUGUGUGAUAGUUUACUGUGCUCUCCUUUAGAAAUCAAUACAGCUUUCACAAAAACAGUUGGAUAAGCACAUGGAAAAUGUUUUUUAGAGAUCAAAUGAUUUGCUCGAGACUGCCUGUGUUGCUACACAGGAGAAAUGGUUGUAUUUGCAGUAGUGGGGAAAUCACUGAGGAAGCCAAAAAAAAAGCCAUAUUACAACCUAUGUGUUGUGAUAACUGCGUUGUUUGCUCUAUAACCUGUUAAUUCAUAUGCCUUGCGACUGUGAUAUAUAGGUCUAAAGACCGAGACAAUAAGAAGAUAGUGGCAGAAUAAAUUCAACCACCUUUGUUUUAUCACAAAACCCGGAUAGCAACCUCUGUCCGGUUUAGUCCACAAAGCAUAUUGCAUGUAACAGACAUGACCUACAGCAUGGUCAAAUAAGUUAAUGUUUCUGACUAUUCCAGCACCAUUUCAACUUCAUCAUCAAAUCACCUCUGCUUAGUCUAAUACGCUGAACUAAAAGAUACCAAAAACAAUUUAGUCCAAUCAACGUAUGCUAAACAUGAUGUGGCUGUCCAUGGAUCUAAUUUAUUUGUGCGUGUGCGCAUUUGUGCAAGUAAAAUAAUAUGUUGACUCACCCUACUUGUAGAGAAAUGCCAAUGCCAUCCUCCUCUUUCAUUUUGACGAAACGGUCUAUCAUACAGUACACGGUUUUAUUUUUUGUUGUCUUCGGCUAGCUGUCUAAAAUGCAUGCUGGCCUAACUUCCAUUCAUGAGCAAUGUUAGCUAGAUGACAUUAGCCUUCUACAUCUAGCUACAUGUUGAACUAACAUUCUCUCAGGCCAGGGUCACAACAAUGUAUGAAUGAAUGGUCAGAAUGCCGUUAUAAUCAUUGGUCAGUACAGAGAAUCCAUGGCUAAUUUAGGAAACGGAAAACUUUAGCUAGCUAGCUAGUCACUGGAAGACAACAACACAACGAGAUGCAACAAUUCCACUUGUUUCUAUCAAUGAUGUAUGCUCUCAAUGCGAUUUGAUAGUAGUGACGCCAAAAUCCAAGCUGGCUUCAAUUGACACUUUUAUUGGG